CCUCUCCGCCGCGGCGGCGCCACCGCAAUGUGGUUCUCCUCCUCCCGCCGCGAACCCGGCUCCGCCGAGCCUUCCGAUGAUGCCCCGUCGCCCCCCUCCCAACGCCGCUCCUCGCAACCCCACGGCUACUCCCUGCGUAUCUCAUCCUCCGACCCCAACCCCCACCCCCAGAGCUCCCGUAACCGAGCCCUAGCCUCCGCCAUCGCAGCCGCCGCCACCUCGGCCUCCUCCGCUUGCGACCUCGGCGGAGGAUGUGGGGCAUCCGGAGGAGGCGGCCUCCUGUCGUGGAUCUUCUCCGCGCGUGCGGCGCGCGCUGACGAGGGGAAGCCGGCGGGGGCCGACUGGGACGCGCACGGGCUCCCGGUCACCCACACGCCGGUUCCGCUCUCCAGGCUCGACGGGAGGAAGAGGUACAAGGUCUCCGAGCUCGACUUCCUCGACCGCCGCGCCCGGGACCGCUCCAGCACCGCGGGGAAGGACCCCUUUUUCGACGACGUGGCCGCGCUGCGCCCCGGCGGCGUGUACACUCGGUCGCAGCUGCUCGGUUGGCUCGAGGCGAUGACCUCCUCCGGCUUGUUCGAGCAGCUCAGCCUUCAGGGGAAGCCCAACCCGGACGGCACGCUCGCGCUCACCGUCUCCUACGCCGAGACCAUCUGGCCUGGAGCCGCUGAACGGCUCAAGUGCGUCAACGUGGGGCUCAUGGCGCCGCCCGAUGCUGGCCCUGACGAGGACAUGACGGAAAGGGAGAAGAUGGACUACAACCGGAGGCAGGACCGUGACUACCAGCAGCGAGUCCGCAGCGCCAAGCGGUGCAUUCUGCCGGAGUCGGUGCGCGAGGAGGUGCUGGGGAUGGUGAAGAAGCAGGGGAAGUUGACCGCCGGGGUGCUGCAGAAGAUCAGGGGGCGCAUCGAGAAGUGGUACCACGACGAGGGCUUUGUCUGCGCCCUGGUGCAGCACUUCGGGAACCUUGACACUGAAGAGAUUGUGUGCGAGGUGGUAGAGGGAGACAUCACCAGGGUGGAGUACCAGUUCCAUGAUAAGCUUGAAAAUAUUGUUGAGGGGAACACUCACAUCGCCGUCAUUGACCGGGAGCUUCCUCAGCAGCUUCGACCUGGCCAUAUCUAUAGCACUGGGGCAGGGAAACAAGCUCUGAAGCGUAUCAAUUCACUCGCUUUAUUCUCCAGUAUAGAAGUGAAUCCUCGCCCUGAUGAGACACAAGAAGGGGGUAUAGUGGUUGAAAUUAAACUCAAGGAACAUGAACAAAAGUCGGCUGAAGUAACUACAGAGUGGAGCAUUGUGCCUGGGCAUCAAGGGCGACCGACUCUUGCAUCAAUUCAACCUGGAGGCACUGUGUCAUUUGAACAUCGCAACAUCUCUGGUUUAAACAGAUCUCUUACCAGUUAUGUUAAAUCCAGCAACCUGCUCAAUCCUCAGGAUGAUCUCUCAUUCAAGCUUGAGUAUGCCCAUCCUUAUUUGGAUGGUGUGGAGGAUAGUAGUAGAAACCGCACAUUCAAAGCUAGCUGCUUCAAUGUCAGGAAAUUAAGUCCUGUCUUUGUUGCUGGCCCCAACAUGGAUGAAGCUCCACCUGUAUGGGUUGAUAGAGUUGGAUUUAAAGCAACUAUAACAGAGAGCUUCACAAGGCAGAGCAAAUUUACUUAUGGCCUUGUGGUGGAAGAAAUUAAAACGCGCGGUCAAGAUAACUACAUAAGCACACAUGGUUCUCGAGUAUUGCCUAGUGGUGCCUUGAGCAUGGAUGGACCUCCCACAACCUUCAGUGGUACCGGUGUAGAUCGAAUGGCGUUUCUACAAGCUAAUAUAACUCGAGACAAUACUGAGUUUGUUAACGGUGCAACUAUUGGUGACAGAUAUAUAUUCCAGCUGGACCAAGGUGUCGGCAUUGGAAGCAAAAAUCCAUUCUUCAACCGUCAUCAGCUUUCAGUGACAAAGUUUAUUAAUUUGAAUAAGAAGGAUAAUGGUGCUGGCAAGCCACCACCAGCUGUUUUAGCCAUUCAUGGUCGCUACGCAGGCUGUGUAGGAGACCUGCCGAGCUAUGAUGCAUUUGCAAUCGGAGGACCUCAUUCUGUUAGGGGCUAUGGUAUGGGGGAACUGGGUGCUUCCAGAAAUCUUCUUGAGGUUGCCACUGAGUUGCGCGUCCCCAUCACUAUGAAGAAUAGACAGACGCAGGUGUAUGCAUUUGCCGAGCAUGGCACUGACCUUGGGAGCUCCAAGGACGUGAAGGGCAACCCUACAGAGUUCUUCCGCCGCGCAGGCCACGGGUCCUCCUAUGGCCUUGGUGUCAAGCUUGGCACGGUAAGGGCGGAGUACGCUGUAGAUCACAAUGCUGGUACGGGAGCCUUCUUCCUGAGAUUUGGCGAAAGAUUCUGAAGGCCGUGUCUCUCCCCAGCUUGACGUUCAGAAAGCCCCUCUGUAAAUUUCACUGGCAACUUUUUACAACAAAAUUAACUCGUGAAGAUAUAAGGUUACUGGAUCAUGUAGCACCAAGGCUUGCGUUAUGAAUAGUUGAUGGAUUCAACUGGGAGUAAGGAGUUUUAUUUUGAUGAAAGGAUGGCAUUGUACUUGCUUCCGCUGUGGAACUAAUAGUGAUGGUAGUCUCAGGGUUAACAUUUUGGUUUCUAUGCAGUCAGUUAACCGAAGAAUAUGGAGCCAGAGAUGUCUGUAAGGUUCAGAAGUCUUUGCUCGGAGCUAGCAAGAAUUAUUUCUCUGUGGCUUCUCACUUUGUUCUUUCAUUUUCUGUGGGCGAAA